AUGGCGGACAUCAAGAAUUUCCUGUAUGCCUGGUGCGGGAAAAAAAAGUUGACCCCCAACUAUGAUAUCCGCGCCGCAGGCAACAAAAACAGGUUCAUGUGCGAGGUGCGAGUGGACGGCUUCAACUACACGGGGAUGGGCAAUUCCACCAACAAGAAGGACGCGCAGGCCAACGCCGCUCGUGACUUUGUUAACUUCCUUGUCCGAGCGGGUCAAAUGAACGCCGCAGAGGUUCCCUCCGUGGGCGUGAGUCAUUAUGCGGGUCCGGCGAGCGGAGACCAGCCUGACGGACCUGCCCAGCCCGCAUUUGGAAAUCUGCCGUCCAGCGGUCCUCUGCCUCCUCACCUAGUCGUCAAGGCUGAAAAUGGUAACGAGAUGAAGGCCUCUUGUGAUGUUCCAGGGAUAACCAGGCUGGGUUACUCCGGUGGUGGUGGUGGUGUCGGAGGCGGCGCUGUUGAAGGAGGAGCCAACUGGGAGCGAGGCGCUAAUCUAAAAGAGUACUACGCCAGACGGGAUGAACAAGAAGCUGAGGCGACUCUGGAGUCGGAAGAGGUGGACCUUAACGCUAAUCUCCAUGGGAAUUGGACCCUUGAGAACGCCAAGGCCCGUCUGAACCAGUUCUUCCAGAAGGAGAAGACCAGCGCCGAGUAUAAAUACAGCCAAGUUGGGCCGGACCACAACAGGAGCUUCUUUGCCGAGAUGCAGCUGUUCGUCAAAAAACUGGGACGCCCCGUGACGGCGCGAGAGCAUGGCUCCAACAAGAAGGUGGCGGCGCAAUCGUGUGCAUUAUCUCUGGUGCGCCAACUCUUCCAUCUGGGUGUCAUCGAACCUUAUUCGGGGGUCACCAAAAAGAAGGAAGGAGAAACUCUCGAAGUCUUUGACGUGCAGGUGUCUCCAGACCUUCAGCAGCAGCUGGCUGAGGUUGUGGAGGAGCUGGGAGUUCAGAUAGCCCCGCCCCCUACGAAUCCCGGCGAGACGGUGUCUUUGGUUCCAACCAAGAUGGCUUCAUUUGAGCCAUCCCAGCGGCAGAGCAGCGCAGGGGUUGUGCCGUGGUCGCCCCCGCAGGUCAACUGGAACCCCUGGACCAGCAGCAACAUCGACGAAGGGCCCUUGGCUUUUUGCACCCCUGAGCAGAUCAGUAAAGACCUACAUGAUGAGAUGAUGGAUCGGCUGCAGAACGAUCAAGACCUUCUAAAGAUGCUGAACGAUCGUGAACAGCUGCCCGUCAAACAGUUUGAGGAAGAAAUCAUGUCGGCUGUGGACAAAAACCCUGUGGUGAUCAUUCGAGGCGCCACCGGCUGCGGAAAGACCACCCAGGUGCCGCAAUACAUCCUGGAUCACUACAUCAAGACGGGCCGAGCCUCCGAUUGCAACAUCGUGGUCACGCAGCCGAGACGGAUCAGCGCCGUGUCGGUGGCUGAGCGCGUGGCCACAGAGCGGGCUGAGGAUCUGGGUCGCAGCUGCGGCUACAGCGUCCGUUUUGAGUCAAUCCUGCCGCGUCCCCAUGGCAGCGUCCUUUUCUGCACCAUUGGUGUGCUCCUCAGGAAAUUGGAGGCGGGAAUUCGAGGCAUCAGCCACGUCAUUGUGGAUGAGAUCCACGAGAGAGACAUCAAUACGGAUUUCCUAAUGGUGGUCCUCCGAGACGUGGUGCAGGCCUUCCCGCAGAUCCGAGUCAUCCUCAUGUCAGCCACCAUCGACACCAGCAUGUUUCGAGAGUACUUCUUCAACUGCCCUCUCAUAGAGGUGUUCGGACGCACCUUCUCCGUGCAAGAGUACUUCCUGGAGGACUGUGUCCAGAUGACCAACUUUGUGCCGCCCCCGCCGGACCGCAAGAAGCGAGACAAAGACGAGGAAGGAGGUGGAGACGAUGAUGUCAACUGCAAUGUGAUGUGCGGGCCCGAGUACUCUGAGGAGACCAAGCGCUCCAUGGCGCAGCUCAACGAAAAGGAGAUGUCCUUCGAGCUGGUGGUCGCGCUGCUCAAGUACAUUGAGACGCUGCAGGUGUCGGGCGCCGUGCUGGUCUUCCUGCCCGGGUGGAACCUCAUCUACGCCAUGCAGCAACAUUUGUUAUCCAGCCCGCACUUCGGAAAUAGCCGCUACCGCAUCCUGCCGCUUCACUCGCAGAUCCCUCGAGAGGACCAGCGUCUCGUUUUUGAACCUGUGCCGGAAAAUGUCAGGAAGGUGAUUCUGUCCACCAACAUCGCCGAGACCAGCAUCACCAUCAACGAUGUGGUAUACGUCAUCGACUCUUGCAAGCAGAAGGUGAAGCUGUUCACAUCGCACAACAACAUGACCAACUACGCCACCGUGUGGGCCUCUAAGACCAACCUGGAGCAAAGGAAAGGACGUGCCGGCCGGGUCCGAGCCGGCUUCUGUUUCCAUCUCUGCAGCCGCGCCCGAUUUGAAAGACUGGAGACCCACAUGACUCCCGAGAUUUUCCGGACUCCUCUGCACGAAGUGGCGCUGAGCAUCAAGCUGCUGAGGCUGGGCGCCAUCGGUCACUUCCUGUCCAAAGCUAUCGAGCCGCCGCCCUUGGAUGCAGUCAUCGAGGCCGAGCACACACUCAGAGAACUGGACGCACUGGACUCCAACGACGAGCUGACUCCUUUGGGCCGCAUCCUCGCUCGCUUACCCAUCGAGCCUCGCCUGGGAAAGAUGAUGAUCAUGGGCUGCAUUUUCUACGUGGGCGACGCCAUGUGCACCAUCUCUGCGGCGACGUGCUUCCAAGAACCGUUCCUCAACGAGGGCAAGCGUCUGGGCUUCGUCCACAGGAACUUUGCCGGCACUCGCUUCUCGGACCACGUGGCGCUCUUGUGCGUCUUCCAGGCCUGGGACGAAGUCAGGAUCAAUGGCGAGGAUGCGGAAACCCGUUUCUGUGAGCACAAACGGCUCAAUAUGGCCACCUUGAGGAUGACCUGGGAGGCCAAAGUCCAGCUCAAGGACAUCCUGGUCAACUCAGGAUUUCCCGAAGAGACGCUGAUGACUCAGUCGUUCACGGCCACGGGACCAGACAACAACUUGGACGUGGUGGUGUCCCUACUGACGUACGGCGCGUAUCCCAAUGUCUGCUUCCAUAAGGAGAAGCGGAAGAUCCUGACUACCGAGGGCCGAAACGCUCUCAUCCACAAGUCCUCCGUCAACUGUCCCUUCACCAACCACGACCUGUUCUACCCGUCGCCCUUCUUCGUCUUCAGCGAGAAGAUCCGCACUCGAGCCAUCUCUGCCAAAGGGAUGACGCUGGUUAGCGCGCUGCAGCUUCUGCUCUUCGCCUGCAAGAAGGUGUCCUCUGACGGAGAUGUGGUGGAGCUGGACGAAUGGAUCAAGCUACGGCUCGACCACAUGACAGCGGGCCGCAUCCUGGCCUUGCGGGCGGCGCUGGAGGCCGUAGUGGUGGAGGUCAGCAAAGACCCAGAAUACAUCUCCGGGAUGGACCAAACCAACCAGCGGCUGCUAAACCUCAUCCGACACCUCUCCAACCCUUCUGCCGCCGGCAUCAACCUGGCCUCCGCACCCCGCAGGAUGGGCGACGGCCCUAGACCCCCCAAGAUGGGACGUUUUGACGGAGGAGGAGGAGGGAGGGGCUACCAGGGAGGAGGCGGAGGGUACCGAGGGAGAGGAGGGUAUGGAAGUUGGGGCGGAUACAGAGGGGGUGGCGGGGGCGGUUACAGAGGAGGUGGCGGCGGCGGUUACAGAGGAGGCGGCGGCUACGGUGGAGGAGGUUAUGGCGGGGGAGGUUAUGGAGGCAGAGGGGGCUUCAGAGGGGCCUACAGAGGAGGUGGGGGCUACAGAGGUGGCGGUCAAGGGGGCUAUUAG